CUUAUGCACAUUCUGUCGAUGCAUUAAUAAUUCAAAAUGGCGAGGUUCUGUUUAUAGUGUAAUUUUCCUAUUAUUUUCGAUACAAAGAAUUUAAAGAAACCGAAUUUUCUACUGUUCUUAAAAUAUGUUACAAUGUUCCUUGCGAAAAAUGAAAUAUUUUCACGUGUGAUAUUGACUGGUGCUAUAGGUAUUUGUUCGUUCAUUGGUGAUCAAGGUUUAAAACAUGGGAAGACUGCUGCGACACGCGCGAUUUUUGACAAUGUCACUCACGCAUUUGUCGGUGGCCUUACUUGGGCAGUUAUUUUAAGUUUGUCAAAAAAGUCUCUUAUCCAAAAUUUUUCGAGCAUCUUGUGCAGUUUUUGUUUGUCGUCUAUUAUCGACGUUGAUCACUUUAUCGCAGCGUGCAAUUGGAAGUUAAGUGAUGCAACACAUUUGGAAAAACGUCCAUUUCUCCAUUGUACCACUGUUCCUAUAAUAAUAUGGCUUACAAUGAAUUUGUACUCAAGUAUGUUUAAUCAACCAAAGUACAGUUAUUAUUCAUGGAUAGUACUAGCAAGUUUUUUAAGCCACCAUAUACGAGAUGGAACAAGAAGAGGUUUAUGGUUUUGUCUUAUAGGUUCUACACAACCAAUUCCUUAUUAUCUAUAUCUAACUAUAAGUAUGAUGCUACCUCAUAUACUACACUGGUUGAUGAUGUCACCUGUGCAAGAGUCUAAGACUCCAGACAAUAUGAUAUUAAUUAAUAUUGUAUAA